AUGGCUGCAAAGACUUUCAUUUGGUUUCAGCUUAGGACGGACUAUUCUGACGACCCGCGAUUUAUGCCUACUCAGUCGUCCAAAGGACGUACUGGGCUAGAUGAGAAAUGGAAUGUACAGUUGGGGGUUGAAAGAAUUGUUACAAUUAAGAAGCUUCAACCACCAGCUUGGAAUGUAGCAGAGAAGGCCUUCUUCUUCACUACUCUACUUGAAACAGCACAAAUAAGCCACAAUAUUCAAUUAGUACUAGCUAGUUCAUCGAUCACUCACUCUAUGACUUCAAUGGGAGAUCUCUCAUCCCCGGGAGCUCACGGGUUCGACCACCACCACUAUCAGAAACUGAUGCUGGAGGAGGAGAACGGACGCGAAAAGCUCUCGACGACUCUAAGUAGUCCAAGCAGCUCUAAUUCUGAUGGGUUUGUGCUUCAGGCCAGUAACUAUCAACUAGAAGAAGUUCAUUCUCUGAUCAACUUCAAAUCCGGGGGCUACGACGAUCAUUUCAUGAAUGUCAACGGAUCCUUGCUCAGCUUUGGUCAAGACGAUGGCGGCCAUCCGCGCCUGUCUAACAACAACAACAACAUCAAUUGCUUUCAAACUGCUAGUAAUUUCGGCGAAAGCAAUGGAGACUGGUUGUAUUCUGAAUCGAUCAUCGUCGCUGAUAGCAUUAAUCGUGAAGAAUCGAGCAGCGUUAAACGUCCACAUUCGGAAGAAAGCAUGAUGCAGGCUCCCAAGAAGCAAUGCACAAGUUCUGCUAAGAAUCCUAAGCCAAGAGCUCCAUCAAAAGACCCACAAAGUAUUGCAGCCAAGAAUCGACGAGAACGGAUUAGCGAGCGGCUUAAGAUACUCCAGGAAUUAGUGCCUAAUGGUACAAAGGUUGAUCUGGUAACCAUGUUAGAGAAAGCAAUAAGCUAUGUCAAGUUUCUUCAAUUGCAAGUAAAGGUGUUGGCAACAGAUGAAUUUUGGCCAGUUCAAGGUGGGAAAGCCCCAGAUAUUUCGCAAGUUAAGGAAGCCAUUGAUGCCAUCCUUUCAUCUCAAAGAGAUGGAAAUUCCUGCUCAAAGUGA